AUGGUAUUUCAGGCACCAGCAACUGAACAUGCAACCAUUAAAGGCCAACUAAAAUUGGAUAUAGCCAAUGCAAAAGAACUCCAAGCAAAACUCAGACCUUUGAUUGUGGAAUGCCCAGAACAACUGAACAGUGAAAUACAGUCAAUGAGAGACACAGUAGAAAAGAAAAAGGAAGCCAUGCAAAAGAAAAAUGAUAGAACAAUGGAACUUCAGGACAAGUUGACAAGUCUUACCAAUUUCCAAAACAAAGAACUGGAAACUUACUGCAGUUUAUUGCAACAAUGCCAGACUGGCUCUGACCUUAUAAGCAGCACAAAUACUGAGAUUUGGAAUGAAGAAAAUGAACUAGAGAGAAAGCAAAUGGAACUGAAAAACAUACAGACAGAAGAAACUCGAUUGAAAAGGAUUCUGAGCUCAAAGCUUGAAAAACAGGAUAAGCUACAGAUGCAGAGGCAUAAGAAACAAGAAGCUAGGGAGCACGACCUUGAUUCAGUAGCCACGGAGUUUGAUAUGUUUAAGCAGCGAAGCCAGGAGGUGUCUGAGAAGAUUGCACAAAUUACUAGUGAACGCCAACAAUAUCUGACGAAAAGCCAAACAUUGCAAGACAGCUGUGCUAAAGAUGAAUCAGAAUGUCAGGUAUUGUCAUAG